AUAGCCCUGUAUGGUACGCUGCUGACUAAGACCUUUAAAACAAUGGCUCCAUAGAUCAUUUAGCUAUCAUGAUGGGUAUAAAUGUGACAGAGAGAAGGACCGGGCGAAGUACCAGCACAAUCAGGGGUAGGACUGAGCAUCAAAAUGGGCAGAAUCAUCUUCUACGAGGACAGGAACUUCCAGGGUCGCUCCUAUGAGACCAGCAGCGACUGCGCCGAGCUGACCUCCUACCUGAGCCGCUGCAACUCCUGCAGGGUGGAGAGCGGCUGCUUCAUGGUGUACGAACGGUCCAACUUCAUGGGCCACCAGAUGCUGGUGAGGAGGGGCGAGUACCCGGACAACCAGCGCCUGAUGGGCAUGAGCAUGAGCGACUGCAUCCGCUCCUGCAGGAUGAUCCCCAUGCACAGAGGUCCGUUCAGAAUGAAGAUCUAUGAGCGAGAGAACUACGGAGGCCAGACGUACGAGCUGAUGGAAGACUGCGACUCCAUUCUGGAUCGGUACUUUAUGUCCGACUGCCAGUCGGCGCAGGUUAUGGACGGCCACUGGCUGAUGUUCGAGCAGCCCCACUACAGAGGCAGGAUGCUGUACCUGAGGCCCGGGGAGUACAGGAGCAUGAGAGACAUGGGAAUGGGUCCAAUGGACAUGAAGAUCGGAUCCAUCAGACGCAUCAUGGAUUCCUGUUAGAACAGACUCAAGACUUGCAAAUGUAAUAAAAAACAAUAAUAAAUGCUUCAUAUGUACAAGGA